AUGAUACGUUGUGGUUCUUCUAUACAGCGAUCCGUGUUGACGGCGGUUCGAAUCCGCCUCUGGGCACGAAACCUUUUGAUUCCUCUUUUGCUGUUCGUGGAGCAAAGGUUGUAG